UGCCGUGUUUUGGGGGUUUAUUGUAUUUUUCUGUGUAUUAAUAUCAGAAGUGAUUCACUCAUUGAUGGAUUUGCUGAUGUGUGUGUUUCUGUUUCUCACACUAAGCUCGGUUUUUAACAUCAGGUGCGGACCGAAUACUUUCCUGCUGGACCGGCCGGCUAAUGACCGCGGUCAGUUAUUAAAGAGAGUCUGGAUUAAUCCGAGUCUGAGGAUUAUAACUGAACAGAUGUGGUGUAAAUGGGUGGAGUAGUAAGGAAGUCGUGGCUGAUUUAAUCCUGAGACUCUUCGUCUCUCAAUACGAGUGAAUCUGCUCACGAGCGGAUCUUGACCUCUCCAGCACGACGGACGCUCAGACGCAUCGCCUCAGAUAGAGAACAAGAGACAACGCGUCCUCUCGGAAUGUAUAUCUGUCUAUAUGGAUGAAACCCAAACAUAUACGGGAGGACCCGGCCCAAGCAGUUAUGCUUCUCUGGGGGAUUUUAUGAGAGGGAACUGGCAACCCUGCUGUCCAUCGUGACGUAAUACCAGCAACCCAGCGUGACCGUGUUCUUCUGCUGACCGCUGGAGGUGAAGAAACAUGGCAGAGCCUGAAGUUAGGAGUGACCCCACAGGUCAGAAGGAGGAGCCUGAGGCGCUCGUCAGCUCCCUGAUAAUCUUCGUCUUCUCCCUCAUCGCCGGCCUGCUUAUCUACUGGCUCCUCUCUCGCAGGAGGCCAGCGCCGGUCCCAGAGAUAAGGACGCCCCUCACAGCAGGAGCAGUAACAAUGCAAGAAACCAGCUUCAUAGAGAAAAUGAAGAAAACUACCCGAAAUGUCAUAGUGUUCUACGGCUCUCAGACGGGCACGGCUGAGGAGUUUGCCAACCGCCUGGUCAAAGAUGCCCAGCGCUACGGUAUAAAAGGCAUGGUGGCUGACCCAGAGGAGUAUGACAUGUCGGAGCUCCCUCGUCUGAGAGAGAUUGACAGCUCCUUGGCCGUGUUCUGCAUGGCCACGUAUGGGGAGGGAGAGCCCACUGAUAACGCCCAGGACUUCUACGACUGGAUGCAGAUGACCGAUGACAGUUUAGAGGGAGUCCACUUUGCAGUGUUUGGACUGGGGAAUAAAACCUAUGAUCACUACAACGCCAUGGGGACGUACACGGAUAAACGCCUGGCAGAACUGGGGGCUACAAGAAUCUUCGACCUUGGCCUCGGAGAUGAUGACGGCAACUUAGAGGAAGAUUUUAUUUCAUGGAAGGGACAGUUCUGGCCAGCCGUCUGCGAGUUUUUCGGAGUGCAGGCUACACAGGAGGAAUGCAGCAUUCGGCAGUUUGAGCUGGUGGUCCACAGUGAUGUCAAUAUGAAUGAGGUGUACACAGGCGAACUGGGCCGCCUCUUGAGCUUUCAGGACCAGAAACCGCCUUUUGAUGCAAAGAAUCCCUUCUUGGCACCUGUAGCCAUUAACCGUAAGCUGAACAAAGGAGGAAGUCGCCAUUUGAUGCAUUUAGAACUGGAUAUCUCAGGCUCUAAAAUUAGGUACGAUGCUGGAGACCACGUUGCUGUUUAUCCAAUGAACGAUGUGCCGCUGGUGAAUAGACUGGGGGAGAGACUGGGUGUCGACCUUGACACAGUCAUCACGCUGAAGAAUCUAGAUGAGGAGGCCAAUAAGAAGCACCCGUUCCCCUGUCCCACCACAUACCGCGCAGCACUGACCCACUAUUUGGAUAUCACCAGUCCUCUGCACACCAACGUGCUGUUCGACCUGUCCCAGUACGCUUCUGACCCUGAGGAGAAGGAGAUCUUGCGCAAGAUGGCCUGCUCUUCUUCUGAAGGCAAGGCUCUGUACCAUAGCUGGGUGGUGGAAUCCGAGAGGAACAUCCUGGCUGUUUUAGAGGAUCUGCCGUCCCUGCGCCCUCCCAUAGAUCACCUCUGUGAACUUCUACCUCGUCUGCAGGCGCGCUACUACUCCAUCGCCUCGUCUGCCAAGGUCCACCCCAGCUCGAUACACAUCUGCGUGGUUGUGCUGGAGUACACUACCAAGACGGGACGAGUCUUCAAGGGUGUAGCCACCAACUGGCUCAAAGACAAAGUGGUGACUGACGGUAGCCCCAGGCCCACUGUGCCCAUGUACGUCAGGAAGUCACAGUUCCGCCUCCCGUUCAGAGCCAGUACCCCUGUAAUUAUGAUCGGGCCUGGCACCGGCAUCGCUCCCUUCAUGGGCUUCAUCCAGGAGAGAGCAUGGCAGAAAGAACAAGGCAAGGAGACGGGUGAGGCGAUACUUUACUUCGGCUGUCGCCAUAGAAACGAGGACUUCAUUUACCAGGAGGAACUGGAGGAGUUUGAAAAGGCGGGUGUGCUGACUCAGCUACACGUGGCUUUUUCCAGGGAUCAGGAGCACAAGGUCUACGUUCAACAUCUCCUCAAGCAGAGCAAAGACCAUUUAUGGAAGCUGAUCCACUCCAGCAAUGCACACAUAUACGUCUGUGGGGACGCUCGUAACAUGGCCAGGGACGUCCACGCUGCUUUCCACGAGAUCGCCGAAGAGGUCGGAGGCCUGACACACACACAGGCUGUGGACUAUUUCCAGCGGCUGAUGACUAAAGGCCGCUACUCGCAAGACGUUUGGAGCUGAAACUACGCGGACCGUGUCCAUCGCUUUGCCUCUGAUUUGACCAACUUGGAUUAAAUGAGUGUUGCAGACUGCAGGCUCAUGUCGUGCCCAGAUGAGCUGAAGUGCUUGCAUGAAACGCACAGUGUGUGAAUUUGACCGUCAAACAGCUGCUUUCAGAUUUCUUCUGUGCAUGAAAAGUCCAAGAGGUGGACCCUCUUCACAUGGGACCCCGUCGAGUCUUCAAACCACUACAAAAUGCGGAAAUGCACAAGCGCUUUACUGCCCAGACGUCAGUUUUAGGACAUUUAGUGUUUCUUUUAGUGAGCGUGGAAUAUGAACGAUCAUAAUCACAUUUAUUUAUUUCAAUAAACGUGUGAAAAGCGUAUGAAGAAACCAGAACACUGCACUACGUUCACAGUUUGGGAGUAUUUUAUUUGCCAGAAAAUUCCGAUGUUUUGAGAAACACAUCAUAUUUUUUCUUCUCUUUUAGGCCACCGAAUGAAACUUUCAUACUGAUGUACUAUAUAAUAUAUAUAUAAUAUAUAUACUAUAUAAUCGAUGCAGGUGCAGUAGCCAAGAUGUUUUCAUUGUUGUUCUUUUGGUGAGGAAAUGAUGUACAGAUUUCUCAGUAAACCAUUGAGGUCAGUCCUGGGGGCCCAAUGUCCUACACACAUUCGACCAGGAGCUACACGAUGCAGACCAGCCCACUCCAACCUGUACAGUGCAGGCCAGUCAAGUUCUUCCACACCAAACUGGCUCAUCCACGUCUUUAUGGACCUGCUUUGUGCACUGGUGUGCAGUCAUGUUGGAGCAGGAAGGGGCCGUCCCCAAACUGUUCCCACAAAGU